ACUACGCGAGAAUAUUUGACUGGAUAAAGGUAAAAGCAUGGUGACGGGAAAUCUUCCCUGCCUGCAAGAAAACAGCGAGGCUUAAAGCCCCCCUCCCCUGCUCUUUCGAUCAUCCUCCGUGCUCACGAGUUCAAUUUUCUUAUUGAGAAACUAUAUAUUUUUUCCAUUUCAUGCUCAUGUCUGUUCAUAUUCAUUCGUAAUUUGUAGAACAGAUAAGUUCGUAUCUGCAGAGAAGAAAUUGACAGGAAAAUGCAAUGUCCACGAGGUUUUCUUAAAACCAGGAAGAUGUAUUUGGAGAGGAUUCCACCGAUACCUUAGUUCCUUAUUUUGGCCGAAGUCGAUGGGGAGAUUGAAAAAUUCCCCGCGCCGGGGUGUGGCACUGCGUUUUCUACAUAUUACUGUUAUUAUAUUAAUGGCGGGAUCGGUGGUCGUGGCCGUUGACUCGCCUCAGGGAUCAAACACUCGACGCUUGGCUGAUCCACAUGAUAGCAGCAAUCCUACCCCUAAGCCGGGCGCAGGGGCAGGGGCAGGGGGUUGGGGUUGGGCACGCGGCUUCUAAUGUUCCCAAUAAAAUAAAGGAUGCCGAUAAUACAGGAUCGACACCUCCCCCUAAAAUUAUGAAGGAUGCCAACAAUCCAGGAUUGACUUCUCCCCCUAAAAAUAUAACUCCCGGAAACGCUGCUCCAAAGGGUAAUAGUACAUCUUCAGACAAGGAGAAACUUCCGGAGGGAUCUAAUAAUCGAACGAAUGCAGUCCCAGAAAAUGGUCAGGGUCCUCAAAAUGACACUACCCCUCCGGUGAAUGAUAAAGAUUUAAGAAAGGAAAUCCUCAAUAAUGGUACUCCCUCUACCCCUCCAGAUAAAGAUGUUGCACCGAACAAGGAGAAAGGGGACCCAGCUGCAGAUCCAGGAAAGGAUAAAUCUCCAGCCAAAAAAGGCGAGGGUAAUAAGGAUAGCAGCAGGAACUCGUUGAAUCCGCAAGUCUGUGAUGAAUUUCACAGCUGUUCAGACAAAGAGAAAAAGAUGGUCGCUUGUCUCCGGGCUCCUGGAAAUGAGAUGCAGGAUCUGUCACUUCUCAUACAAAAUAAGGGAGAAGAUUCUCUGCAGGUGAACAUUACAGCACCAGCUUUUCUGAAAGUUGAGUUUUCAAAUUUAACGUUGAGGAAAGAAGGAAGCGGAACGGUCCGGGUAUCAAUCAUUGGUCAAGCCUCACAUGACUUAACGCUAUCUAAGAUAGUUAUUGAUAGUGGCAAUGGGAAAUGUGUACUUGAUGUGCCUCAUCAGCUGCUUAAUUCUCCAUACAAGCAAAGGUUUUUUAAAGGUUUUUCGUAUUCAGCCAUCAUCACCCCAAUGUUUGGUGUGUACCUGUUGUUAUUCACUGUUCUGGCUAUUGGUGGUUCCUGGAUCUGUUGUAAGCUUCGGGGAAAAAGAAGGCAUGGGAAUGGAAUUAGAUACCAGGAACUUGAAAUGAAUCGUCCCGAGUCAACUUUGCCGAUCACUGCUGGAGGAAAGCCUGAAGCAGAAAAUAUGGAUGGAUGGGAUGAGGUAUGGGAUGAUAGCUGGGAAGAUGCAGAAGCAGCAAGAUCAUCUUCGAGGCCUAUGGAAAGCCUGUCGUCAAAGGGACUUGCUUCUAGGAAGCCCAAUAAAGAUGGUUGGGACAAUUCAUGGGAUGACUAGUCACAUAAUUUAAUCUUCUCUUAAAUCUUGUUAGGUGUCUAAAAUUUAUUCUACAUGAAUAUCAUCUGAACAGGCAAGAUUUUCUUUCCAUUUGUGGUUAUCUCACAUAUACAAUAGAUGGUUCUUAAAUGGUUUCAUUCAUAAACAUGAUUUUGUAUAUGAACUACUAGUUGCAUACAUGAAAUGUUGUGUAUGCAUGCAUCUGUAUACAUAUUCUUACCACCGAUUGCGGAGGAGGUUGUUUGAGGAAUUUUGACAAUAUGAAAAAUUUAUGACGAGUAACAAUUAGAUUUGUUUCACAUUCAUGGAAGUUACGAUUCAUUAGCUGAUGAGGCUAAUGCAACAUGUCUUAAUCUAAAAUUAUCUUGAAGCAGGUGAUCAAGUUGGUUUCCAGGUGACUGUUAAAUCACUUUGUAAUUGAGGAAAGUUUUGACAAGUUUGUCCUUAAGUCAUUUGUGCUUUAUUUAAUAAUUGUAAUUGCUAUGAACUAAUGAAUUGAUUAUUUAGUCUUAUACAUUCUCAAUGCAUUUGGAACA